AUGUCUUACCCAUAUAAGACUCAAUUUUUCCUAAAACAUCCCAAAUAUGAGCCACCGCUCAAUGAUCAAGAUGCACAAAUUGAUCCAAAAAAUAAAUUAGAACCAAAAUGCUUAGAAAAAUGUUCUAAGUAUGUCAAACUUUAUGAUAGUUGUGCAGAACGUGUUAUCGCUCACCCAGAACAACAUUUGCAGUGCCUUGGACAACAUUACGAUAUCAGAUAUUGCGUAGAUAAUUGCGUUGCAAAAGAUCUAUUUAGAUUUCUUAAAUAG